AUGGUGCCGCCGGUGAAGAUAUUCGGGCACCCGAUGUCGACGAACGUGGCGCGGGUGUUGGUGUGCCUAGAGGAGGUCGGCGCUGAGUAUGAGCUGGUGACCAUCGACUUCCUCGCCGGCGAGCACGAAGUUCCUGACCACGUCGCGCGAAAUCCGUUUGGGAAGAUCCCUGCUCUGCAAGAUGGCGACCUUAUCCUGUUUGAGGUCGAGGCGCAGCAGUAUUACCCUGCCCUCUCGCCCGUAGUGUUCGAGUGCAUCAUCUUCCCCGUCAUGCGCGGCACCACCACCGACCAGAAGGUCGUGGACGAGAGCCUGGACAAGCUGAAGAAGCUGCUAGAGGUGUACGAGGCGCGCCUGUCGGAGCACAAGUAUCUGGCCGGGGAUUUCUUCAGCUUCGCGGACCUCAACCAUUUCCCCUUCACCUUCUACUUCAUGGCCACGCCGUACGCAUCCGUGUUCGACGCGUACCCUCGCGUGAAGGCGUGGUGGCAGAGCAUCAUGUCCAGGCCGUCCAUCAAGAAGAUAGCUGCAAAUAUGCCGACCAAGUUUUAG